ACUGCCCGAAAUUAAUUCUGUUGUGCCCAAGUUACUCUUUGCACUUCAAUUUGAGAUGGAUGGUCAGCGUUGGUUGCCACUGGAAGCCAAUCCAGAUGUUAUGAAUCAAUUUCUCAGGCAGCUGGGCUUGGUAUCCACCUGGCAAUUUGGGGAUGUGUAUGGUUUGGACCCGGAGCUCCUAAGUAUGGUGCCGAGGCCUGUCUGUGCUGUUCUACUGCUGUUCCCUGUGACAGAGAAGUAUGAGUCCUUUAGACUGGAGGAAGAAGCACAGAUUAAAGCACGGGGACAGGAAGUCUCCUCAGACGUUUACUUCAUGAGGCAAACAAUUGGAAAUGCUUGUGGGACGAUAGGACUGAUUCAUGCAGUGGCAAAUAACCAACAGCGCCUGGAAUUCGAGUCUGACUCACCACUGAAGAAAUUUUUAUCUGAGUCCUCUAAAUUGAGCCCGGAAGAGAGAGCAGUUUUCCUUGAAAAAGACGAGAGCAUUCGUGUGACACAUGAGUCAAGUGCACAGGAGGGACAGACUGAGGCUCCAAGUUUAGAUGAAAAGGUGGAGUUGCAUUUCAUUGCUUUUGUGAAUGUUGGAGGACAUUUGUAUGAAUUGGAUGGACGUAAGCCUUUUCCUAUUGCUCACGGGAAAACCACAGAAGACAGUUUUCUUGAGGAUACUGCAGAGGUGUGCAAGAAAUUCAUGGCACGGGAUCCGGAGGAGUUACGCUUCACUGUAGUUGCUCUAUCAAAGGCUUGAAUCUCACAUAUUUUUGACUGCCUGGAAAGCUGCCAAUCAUUCUCAAGUGCUGAACAUCUUAGGUUGUUAGCAUUUUUAUGGAGUAGAUUACAUUGUGACUCUGAGAAACUGUUGAUUGUUAAAAUGUAUGAUUAAAAAGAAAAGCUAAGAGCUUCCAUAACAUAAAAUGUUUGACCAGAGAAAAAUCUUUAAGAUUAAAAAAAAAAAUUGGUAAUCAAAUAAUGGUUUGGGUUUUAUGUUUCAUUGUAACUGAACAGUGUCUGUUGUCAGCCAAUCAGUAUUAUUGUGACUAAACUUUCCAAAAAACCUACCCCAUUAUUAAGCAUAAUUCAACGGUUUGCCAUUUAAAAACUGGUGCUGAAUGCAGAAAAUUGCAUCUCAUUGUGAUUUUCAUCUCUGUAAAA